GGUCGCCUCUAUGGCGGGUCUUCCUAAUCCGAGCAUGCGCAGCACUACCCCGCCUGUAUCGCUAUGGUAGCGGCGUCUGGGUGGGCUGGGCCUGGAAGCUCCGGGCCCCGAGGGCCCAUAUUGAUGGAGGACUUCACCUCCUACCCGGCUUGAGCAGGACUUCCCACUGCCUUACGCGCCGCUCCCUCAGCUUCUUGACUGUGACCCCCUUCGGGAACAUGCCCCAGGCUGCCUACUGCUAUGUGCGGGUCGUGGGCAGGGGUAGUUACGGAGAGGUGACGCUCGUGAGGCAUCGGCGGGACGGCAAGCAGUAUGUCAUCAAAAAACUGAACCUCCGAAAUGCCUCCAGCCGAGAGCGUCGCGCUGCUGAGCAGGAAGCUCAGCUCUUGUCUCAGCUGAAGCACCCCAACAUUGUCACCUACAAAGAGUCAUGGGAGGGAGGAGAUGGUCUGCUCUACAUCGUCAUGGGCUUCUGCGAAGGGGGUGAUCUCUACCGGAAGCUCAAGGAACAGAAGGGGCAGCUUCUGCCUGAGAGUCAGGUGGUGGAGUGGUUUGUACAGAUCGCCAUGGCUUUGCAGUAUUUACACGAGAAACAUAUCCUUCAUCGAGAUCUGAAAACUCAGAAUGUCUUCUUAACAAGAACAAACAUCAUCAAAGUGGGUGACCUAGGAAUUGCCCGAGUGUUAGAGAGUCACUGUGACAUGGCGAGCACCCUCAUUGGCACACCCUAUUACAUGAGCCCUGAGCUGUUCUCCAACAAACCCUACAACUACAAGUCUGAUGUUUGGGCUCUGGGAUGCUGCGUCUAUGAAAUGGCCACCCUGAAGCACGCUUUUAAUGCAAAAGACAUGAAUUCUUUAGUUUAUCGGAUUAUUGAAGGAAAGUUGCCACCAAUGCCAAAAGUUUAUAGCCCAGAGCUGGCAGAACUGAUAAGAACAAUGCUGAGCAGAAGGCCUGAAGAAAGACCCUCUGUGCGGAACAUCCUGAGGCAGCCUUAUAUAAAACACCAAAUCUCCUUAUUUUUGGAGGCCACAAAGGCAAAAACUUGCAAAAAUAAUGUUAAACACUGUGACUCCAGAGCCAGGCCUGCUGUGGCUGUAGUUUCCAGAAAGGAAGAAGCAGAUCAUGAAGUGACCCACUGCCAGCGACACUCUUCUGCGGGCUCUGCUGUACAUGUCAUGGGUGAAGAUAAGUGUUUGUCCCAAGAGAAACCAAUGGCCGUUGGUCCCUUGAAAUCACCUGCUAGUCUCAAAGGCCACACUGACAAACAAGACAUGAACAAUACUGCAGAGUCACUUGCCACAGUCAGUAGGAUAAAUGUCGAUAUCUUACCUGUAGAAAGGAGGGACUCAGUGAAGGAUGGCAUAGCUCAGGAGGACCAGCCUAGACACGUGGAUUCCUCUCAUGAAGUAGACAGCCAGUGCAGUAUUUCUCAAGAGAAGGAGGAGAGGCCACAAGGUAAUACCAAGUGCAGUAAUCAGCCUGCAAAUCUUCCCACCUCUGACGACGGGGAUGGGGAGCGGAAUGAGCCAGUGACACCAUUGCAUCCCCCAAAGGCAGACCAACAGCCAGAAGACCAGGAUCAAGUUACUGGCGGAUGUCUUAUAGAAAAACAGGACAGCAUCCACCCAAGAUUCCAGCCACACAGCUCUGUGUCUGAACCUUCUGUGUCCCAACAGCAAAGGCAGAAAAAAAGAAAACAGACUGACCAUGGUCAGACAAAGGGCCAGUUCCAAGAGUCACCCCUUCAGCUUUUGCCUUCUCACCCUGCUGUUGGAAAAGUGGAUAUCAUAUCAACACAGCAAAAUAAUGAAAACCAAAGUAGACCUGUGGCUGGGUCUGUAAACAGUUCAACAUCAUCAUCAAAGGAUCGACCGUUAUCAGCCAGAGAGAGAAGACGACUAAAGCAGUCACAGGAAGAGAUGCUCCCCUCAGGCCCUUCGUUUUGGAGAACUCCAAGUGGGGUGGAGCCAGUGAAACCACAGGAGGAAGACCAGGCCAUCCCUGCCCAACGAGUCUCUUCUGACUGCAGCGUUGCUCAGGUGCACCACACACCCCUGAGGGAAAAGGAAAGGAGAGCGGUACAUCGUCUGUCUGAGGAGGAGUUAAGUUCUUCUACAAGCUCAACUGAUAAAUCAGAUGGGGAUUCCAGGGAGGGGAAAAGUCAUACACAUGAAAUGAGUGACUUGGUACAGCUAAUGACUCAGACGCUUAAGCUGGACCCUAAAGAGCGCAGUGACGAUCUCCAGGCACUAAAUCCAGUAUCAGAAUUCAAACUUCAUCGGAAGUACCGAGACACGCUGGUUCUUCACGGCAAGGUUGUGGAAGAGGUAGAGCCCCACUGUAAAGAGCUGCCUUCAGCUAUCAUACCAGGUUCUGAAAAGAUCAGGAGAAUAGUUGAAGUCUUGAGAGCGGAUGUGAUCCAGGGCCUGGGGGUUCAGCUUUUAGAGCAGGUGUAUGGUCUUUUGGAGGAAGAGGAUGAAUUGGAGAGAGAGGCACGAUUACAGGAGCACAUGGGGGACAAGUACACAACUUACAGUGUGAAAGCUCGCCAGUUGAAAUUUUUUGAAGAAAAUGUGAAUUUUUGAGAUUUGUUCUAAUGUGCUGCCAGAACUAAAGCUCUAUUGUCAAAGGGCAUUCAUCUGAAAGAAACGAGACUUUCAGUUCCCAGAGGCCAUCCUUUGAUGUCUCUUUGGGGUCUUCUUACUAUAAAAAAUUGGACAGAGUAGACUAACUUGAAACAAGUUUACAAAAGAAAAAAAUACUUUGAAUAUCAUAUGUUAAUGAAGAAAGAUGUUUUAUGUUUGUUACUGUUUACUGAGCCUUAAACCCACUUUAUAUCUGGUGGUUUUUGUUUGUUUGUUU